AUGACCAAACAGAACAUGGAGUCACAGUCUGCUACAAUCAAGCGUCUUGAGACAACCGUUGGACAACUCUCAGGGACUUUGAACCAGAUGCAACAGCAGCAACAGCCAGGGAAACUCCAUGGACAAGGAUUGCAACCUCAUCAAGCUCAAGCUGUCACAGUCUUACGAAGUGGGAAGAAGGUGGACAACAAAGUUGAGAUCCCCACUGACGAGCUCCCUAAAGAAACUCGUGAGGAGGAGAUGGUGAAAGAAUUACCUCCACCGAGAGAAGAAGAGCAGCAAGGAGAGCCAUCAGUGACGCUUCACAAGGCCACAAAGCCAUACAGACCACCGAUUCCGUACCCAGGUCGGUUGAGGAAUGAGAAGCAAGACCAACAAUUCACCGAUUUCUACAACAUGUUGGCAAAGGUAAAUGUCAACUUACCACUUCUGGACGUGAUAAGAAACGUCCCGGCCUAUGUGAAGUUCUUUAAAGAGCUGGCAUCCAAGAAGAGAAAGUUUGUUGACAACGAGAAGAUUCUUGUAUCCGAGGUUGCCAAUUCCAUCAUGCAACAGCCCUUGCCACCCAAGCAACGAGAUCCAGGUAGUUUUGUUAUCAAUAUUGCGUUGGGGAAUGGUAAGGAGGCCUCGGGUAUGCUUGAUUUGGGGGCAGGGAUUAAUUUGAUGCCGUACUCUAUUUUUAAACAACUAGAGUUAGGCGAUUUAAAACCCACUCGAAUCUUGACUUUGAACAAGAGGAAAAGGUUUUUGGCUACUUGCAGGCAAUAUUAUUGGGAAGAUCCUUACCUUUUCAAGUUGGGAAAGGACGAGGUGAUUCGAAGAUGCAUCCCGGAUGUGGAGGCUUGUGAUAAAUGCCAAAGAGUUGGUAACAUUGGGCGCAGGAAUGAAAUGCCUCUCACGAGCAUUCUUGUGGUUGAGAUUUUUGAUGUGUGGGGGAUCGAUUUCAUGGGCCCCUUCCCUAUGUCUUACGGUUUUGAGUAUAUCUUGCUUGCUGUAGACUAUGUGUCCAAGUGGGUUGAAGCCAUCCCCACAAGGACAUGUGAUGCUAAUGUCGUCUUGAAGUUUGUGCAGGAGAACAUAUUAUGUAGAUUUGGAUUUCCCAAGGCCAUAAUCAGUGAUGGAGGCAAACACUUCUGCAACAAGCUUUUUGAGAAGCUUAUGAGGAAAAACGGCAUCACUCACAAGGUGGCCACACCCUACCAUCCUCAGACUUCGGGGCAAGCCGAAACAAGUAAUCGGCAAAUCAAGGGCAUCUUGGAAAAGACGGUCCAACCCUCCCGUAAGGAUUGGUCACUUAAGCUUAAUGAUGCCUUGUGGGCGUAUCGCACCGCUUUCAAAGGAGUCCUGGGAAUGAGUCCCUACCGUCUUGUCUACGGGAAAUCAUGCCACUUACCGGUAGAGGUUGAGCACCGAGCUUAUUGGGCAAUCAAGGCCACAAAUUGCGACCUUACAACUGCAGGGAAGCAUAGAGCCUUGCAAAUGGAAGAACUUGAUGAAUUGCGCAACGAGGCGUACGAGAAUGCAAGGAUCUACAAAGACAAAGUCAAGCGGUUGCACGAUAGCCGUAUUGUGCCCAAGAAUCUCCAACCCGGAAUGAAGGUGCUUUUGUUCAAUUCAAGGUUGAAACUCUUCCCGGGCAAGCUCAAGUCUCGUUGGAGUGGCCCUUUCAUUCUUAAGGAGAUUCUCCCUCAUGGCGCCGUGGUCUUAAGCAAGGAGAACAACGAAGAGUCGUUUACCGUCAAUGGGCAUAGGGUGAAGCCUUACUUGGAGCAUGAAGUGGUUGCUGCCGUAGUGGAGUCCCAAGCACUCCACGACCCAUUGCUUUCAGUUUAUCGGACUCUCUCCGAGUUCGAAGACAGCGAUAAGGGGCCGCUGGACGCCCCGGGACACCCGCCGCCGCCCCACGACGGCGGCCAUAUGUUCUCCGCAACCCAAAAUCACCAUUAG